AUGGUUUCAAGGCAUGAAGAACUCAUGAAAGCUCUUGGAGACGAUGAUUUCGAUCCAAACUUACUUUCAGACCCUAACUACGUUGACACCAUCCUAAAAGGUGACGAAGAAAUCGCAAAAAUCCUUAAAAAAAAUGAAAUGACAUCUCAGUCACCAAAAACUUCAUAUUCCCAUAGGUUCACACAAGAUCGACCGGAAGACCCAUCCUCGAAUAAAGAAAAGCUAGAGUCGCUACUGCAGGGUGAUCGGUCUACUCAACAAGUGCCUAUUGAGACUGUUGACCCAUUAGAUUUGAUACAUAAAAAGGAGCUAGAAGAUGCAUCAAAAACAGAAAAAAUCUUGACUAAUUCUUUAGAUGUAAAGAGGCAAUAUACAGCAAGCAAGCUCCCUGUCAUAAAAUUCGAAGAGCUCACCCUAGUCUCCAAAAAAAUUGCCCCGACUGCAGGCUACAGUACAGGUCUCCCAACCGCCUUAACAGCUUCAAAACAUUUAAUAGUAGUCGGUAACACCCAUGGAAUAAUGAUGUCUUUUUCCCACGACGGCCAAGAGCUAAAAUCAAUGCGCCCAGGCAAAGAAAACUUCGGCGCCGUGACCUGCAUCGACAUCACAGAAGAUGAACAAUACGCUAUCGCUGGCUACCACCUCGGCCAAGUCGCUUUAUGGGACUUACGCUCUGGAAACUGCAUAAAAGCCUCCAACAACUUCCACAAAUCCCCAAUUUUAUCAAUAAAAUUUUGAAAAAAAGUAAAAACAUAUGCAAUUUCAGCUGAUGCCACAGGAAAAGUCAACCUUUUAGAGUACGGGAAAUCGUUCCUAUCGACAAAAGUAAACGCCCAUACACUAUUUACUAAUGAAAUAGGGGUUUGUGUGACCAUAGAAGUGCUUUAUUCUGAUCCUUACUUGCCUCACCCAUGUGACCAAGCUACAAUUAUUGCUAUAGGCAGCAUGAAUUUUGUAGUAAUUUAUUCUAUUGAGCCUGAGCUGAAUUGUAUUUUUAGGAUGGCAAGACCUGAUAAUGUAGUCCUAGGUGCUGUGCCUUGUGUAAGCUGAAAAGUAGCAAUAGGUCCUGACGAUGAACAGCCAACUGACCCAAUUUUGGCAAUUGCAUGGGGACAAAAAAUUGUCCUUUACAAAUUAAGGCUCCCUACAAAAGAAGGGAUCCAAAUUUCAGGGUUUUUAGAUAUGGACACAGAAAUAAAAAGCCUUAUUUGGCUGAGCCAUGAUAUGCUAUUUGUGAUGGGAAAUUCUAGAGAAAUAAGAAUUGCUAACACCAAAGGGUUUUCUAGGAGGGAAAAAGAACCGAGUAGAAAUGCGAUACUAGAAGAUACAUAUGUGAAUAGAGAUUUAGCAAUCCAGGCUUAUAUAAGAGACGAGAGUGGCAAAGAAAGAUAUACGUUCCAUAACUCAGUUAAGGCAUUUGAAAGGGUUGUUUUUAUAUUGGGAAACAGAUAUACAUAAAAUGGCGUAUGGCGACCGACCCGUCCUCUCAGUGACGGUAACCCAUGUAUAUCCGGGCAUGGUUUUCUCUGAGAAGCGACUUAGCCCAGCAGUAUCUGGACCCUGGUGGCGACCAGGGACAAACACGGACCCGCUGAUCUUGUCCAGAUCCCAGGGCAGUUAGGAGCAUCUUCUUUUUCCAGCAGCGCCCUAGCCAGUGGGUGCCCGAAAUGGAGCAGGGUGAAUUAUCUGCUCAAGCUGCUAUAGUGGUCUGCCCCGAAUCGCGGAAGCGGUUGAGUAUUUUCUCAAGCGGAUAAGCUGGGAAAAGGGAAGGCAGACUAGACAAUUAAGAAGGCGGUCUCUCCAGUACAAAAGGGUCCCAGUUAAAUGGGGCGAUCUGCCAACCGGAGGCAAAGACUGGCGUAAUUCGGGGCGGAAGGCUGAGUUGGAAAUGGUGGUGCCCGGCGAAGGUCGGCUGACGACCCAAUAGGGCAACCCACUGCCGAGAAACCAGGGGUUUCGGCCUGGGCUCAGAGAACCAGUGAUGGAAGUCCAUCCUUUUCGCUCGUGCCGGCACGGCUCCUUAAGGAGCGCGGAGGAAUGCUACGCAUGGAAGUAGGGACCUUUAAAUACACAUCGUCUUAACAUUAACAUUAACAUAUUGGGAAACAGACAGUUCCAUAAAGGGAGACUUUUAAAUUGGAAAGAAUGCAUAGAAACGCUGACCUCGAAAGGGGAAUGGCUUGAUGUGCUAUCUCUAGGGCUGGAUGUGUAUCAAGGGAAAGGAAAAAAAUUGUAUGGAGUUCCAAGUAAUAAAAAUGAGUUGAGGAAAUCAUUGGAAAAAGUUAUGAUAAAAUAGGUAAAUUCGUAAUAAAAGAUUUUUGCAUAUUUUAUUAAUUAAAAAAAUAUUAUUUUAAAUAGGCUAGUGCUUAUUUAUAGCAAAAAUUAUAUAACAGACUAUGUGAAGCUAGGAACUGUAUCUUGGGAAUUCAAAAUUUCUAAUUCAAUAGAAUUCUGCAUUGGAAUUGAAGCAUUUGAAUUACUUUUUAACCAAUUAUUCGACUUUUUUGUAGGCCAAGGGACACAGCAAGAAAACCAAAGGUUCUUUAUGGACACUCUAGAGCCAUUUAUCUUGAAUCAUUAUAUAAAAUCUAUACCUAUCAGCGUAUUAGGUAAAAUCAUUGCGUAUUACAUAAACAUGCAAAAGCCUGACACUGUAGAAAAAAUUUUAUUAAACCUAGACCCCACAACUAUUGAUCCCCGCCAAGUAAUUCCAGUCUGUGAAGAAUACAACUUAUUAACAGCCUACAUAUUCAUCAACACAAAUUCCACUCUACAAUCCUUCGUCAACCCCUUAAAAAAAAUCUAUAAAACCUUAACCAAACAGGAAGACCCCAAAUCCAAAAGAUAUUUUGCUUAUAAAUUAAUAUGGUAUUUACGACUUUGUCUUAAAGGAGAAACUUUUCCAUCAGGAAAAAUCCUUAAUGAUAUAUGGGGAAAAGUUAUUAUUGGAGUAAUCGGCUGACUAUUAAAAAGAAAACAUUUACAAACUUUAAUAGACAUCGACGCCCCGACCACACUAAAUGUCUUAUGGAUGGCUUUUUCUGAAAAAUUCCCGUCAAAUUUACUAUCACAAAAACGUGAUAAUAAUAUUACUCAUAGAGAAAUCCUGGAUAGGCUUGAACAGGUCUGUCUCCCGAAUUCCCCAACUUUUCAGCAUUUUACACUUUUUAUAGCAUACUUUAAAAUGGCGUUGCAAACCAACCCACACUCUUAUCUCCUAUGGUUGGCAAACCACAGGACGCGCAGGAAAUUUGAAAAGGGAGGAUGACGUUCGGGAGUGUGCAUCCGGCCGGGUUUUUCUUGGUUUCGUGAAGCGCAAUAUCGGGUUGACCGACCACAAGCUUUACUCCAAUGCAAGUUUUUGCCUUACUGGAAAGGGGUUUCCCAUUGGUGUCAAUAGCGUUCGUUUUGACCAAUCGGAACUAUUCCCCAGCAUGAAACUGGGAGUUACGCCCUGGGCGACAGAUCCAUCUUGAGAGAAAGCCGACCUGAAAAUUCAUUCCUUUUUGGUUUUCAAUGGCGGGCAGCUCUUUUGAAAACAGCAAGGCGAUGCGAGUCACUCAACUACCAGGCGCAAGCGCAGACCUCGUCCUGCAGGAGUAGUCUUUUUAAGGUCGUGUAUAAACUGGUGAGCAGGCAAAGAAGCUAUUAGGAGUGGAGAUAGUCCUUUUGGAAUUACAACAAGCUCCUCGAUAAGUCUUAAUAACUAAUAAUAACACUUUUUAUAGCAAAAGCUGCAUCUAUCAAUCAAUCAAUUAUUUCUAAACAAAUUUGUGUAAAAACAGCGAAAUACCUAAUGCAGCCUUUACAAGCCCGCAGACCACAGGCAGCAAUUCCUAUGACAUCUUCAAUUGAUAAUUAUUUGACUGUGACUUCGUUAAAUGAAGGCAGCGAGUUUCAGCUCAACACUGAGUACACAAUUGAAGAAAAAGGAUCUUUGAUCUUAAAAAUGCUGAAAACAUGCGGAGAACUUACUAGUGACGAAAUUGAUGACCUGUUUAGGGUCGCUGUGAAUUCGCCUUAUAUAGAAGUGCUUGUAUAUUUGCAAGAGCUUAAAAAAGAAUACGCAAAUUGUUUAUGCUUGAUUAUAGAAGAUAGUUUUUCAUUUUUUUUAAAAAAACUAUUUUUUUCUAAAAAUAAGGCUUUUUAUUGAGAAAAAAAGAAUUAUAUUUUUUUAAAAAAUUGAUAAGCGCAUUUAUCCAUUCAGAAAAAAUUGAAAUAAAGAGAAAAGUGUUUGAUUGGCUCGCUGAUGCUUUUGCAAAGCUAAAUGAAAGUGAGCUAGAAGUUCUGAAAACAAGAGUUAUGGACUGGCUUAAUAUUUUGGUCGAAAUUGAUAGUGAUAGGACUGCAAAAAUUGUAAGAGAUUGGUUUAGUAAUGAACAGCAAAAUAUUAUACAUAAACUUGAUAGUGCUCCACAGCUGCAGAUGAAAUAUCUAGGAGAGCUAGUUAAAGGGUCUGCAAAGGAUACCUUGGACCAUAAUUUAAUUAUUCAGUACAUCAGAUUGUUAUGUGAGUUGCAGCCUGAUCAAGUUUUAUGCUUAUAAGAAUGAAUAUUUUUUAAUUUUGACAAUUUUUACCUUAUUUAUUUAAUAAAAUAGCCUAUUAAUAUAAAUUAUCAACAUUAAGCUUUCUUAAUUAUCAUAGAAUUUCUAAUGGUAAGAGAAGACUAUUCACUGGACGACGCCCUUGAUAUUUGUAUGAACUACAAGGUAGCAGACGCAGCUGCAUUUUUACACGAAAGAUUAGGCUCAGUUCGAGACGCCCUCGACAUCAUGCUUGAACUAGUCCACAAAAAGCAGACAAGUUUGCUUAAUAAAAUUAGCAGCAAAGACCAUGUAUCUGAUACAUCAAUUCAAGAACUUAAUAAAGACUUUGAUGAAGCUAUAAAGCUUUGUAUGAGAAGCUCAAAAAGAGAAGACGCUGUAGAUAUGGAAGAGCAUUGGUUCAGUCUCCUAAACAAAGCCUUGGUCUCUUAUAAGCAAUUUUUACCUUACUUUAAAAACCAUCAAAAACUAGAAAUUAUGGUGCAGUCAAGCAUCAAAGAAAUUUAUAUCUUUGGAAUAUUAAUAAAAACUAAUUCAAAUUAAAAGAUAAAGUGGAUUUUUUCAUAUAAAUAGUAUAGAUAAUAUGAUGGACAUAGUAGAUUUUGAUAAAAUUAUCGCCCACAUCGUCACAAACUUCGGGGAUAUUCCAUUCAGAUACUUCAAGGAAAACAUUGUAGGGGUCUUAUCAAGAUAUUCAUACCAAAAAAACAUUGUAAGAAAAGCUACAAAUUUGCUUAAUAAUGAUAUAAGAAAUAUGACUCAAGAGCUAUUGCUAUUAAGAAGCAAAGGAGUUUGCAGUAAAGAUUUUACAUGCUCAUACUGUGGCUUGACUAUUCAGUCUGAAGACCUAUUAAAAGGCCACGAUGAAAAACUCCUUCUAUUUAUCUGCGGGCACACCUAUCAUGGCCGGUGCUCCAAAAGAAGAGAAUGUGAAGCUUGCCGCAAAGAAGAAAACCGAAAAGGAAAAUUCAUGAGUGCCACAGCUGCCCAGUCAAGAAAUAAAUAA